AUGAUCGAUGACCGGAUAAACAUCAACAACCAUGUCAAAUAUGCCUGUAAGAAGGGUUCUAAUGCCAUCAAAGCGAUAGCUAGCAUCAUGCCGAACAACUCCGGUUCCAGUAGUAGCAAGAGGCGUCUUCUGGCCAGUGUGUCGUCGUCGAUACUAAGGCAAACUAAGGAAACCAAGCAGAACCAAAGGAAACUGAGCAGUAUGUUCCGGCUCAUGGCUCUGCGAGUCAUGAGUGCGUUCAGACUCACCCUGGCGGAGGACAGCGAGUGCUACAGGCGGAGACAAGCCGAAAGAGUACGCAAAGCUGUCAGAGCGGAGUCGUUGGCUUAA